AUGGAAACAGACUAUGUACUUUUGUUCUUUAGACGCUUUUCGACUAGAUACUCACAACCUCUAGUUGAAAGCUACCCGCCGGGAUACCCACGAUUGGCAGCCUUGGUAGGCGCUGACCCAGCCUUCAACAUCGCUCGACGGUUCAGUAUUCUGCGUGCCAGAUUAUUGCACUUAAAGCAGGAUAGGCUAUCAGCACUGGGGAAGAAAUUGGAAUCCAUCGAUCAAGAAGAAAAGGCUGUUCUCUUUCUAGGCGCUAGCCGGCGGGAUAAGAAUGUUGAGCGCCAGGCGGUCAUUGCGGAUAUUGACAUUGCUCUGGCGGAUUAUGGUAUGUUGAUGGCAGCCCGAGUCGCUUCCAUGAUGCUGAUAGUCGCCAGAUGCGUUUCUAGCAAGAAAUGCACAGAUCCUCCAUUUCAACGACGCCCUGUGAACAUCGUAACCAGUCUUCGGAGAUGGGUCAGUAGCACCGGCGACAUAGCUCGAGACGAGACGGAGUUCCUCGACUAUCCUGACCUAAUAACCCUAUCGACACCGGUUGAUUGUACAUUGAAGGAUAUCGAGAGCUGGAUAGAGCGUGGCCUGGUUCGGCAUUGUGGCCGGUUCUACAAGAGCCGCUGCAACGAUCUUUCAGAUGACCCAAACAUUUUCAUCCCUUCAGACCUGCUCACCAUGCGGCUAGCUCGAGCGGUACUUGGUCUGCUGAUUAUCAUCCUCCUCAUGGUGCCCGUGUUCGUCUGCAACUCGGUAGUCGAAACGGGGCCGCGAUUGGCUGUUAUUGGUGUUUCAACGACGGCUUUUGUUGCCAUAAUGUCGGGGCUGACUAGGGCUAAGUCGGUGGAGUUGUCCGUUGCCGGUGCUGCGUAG